UCCCUUUUAUCUCGAAACACAACGCCAGUCGAUCACAUUUCUCCCAAAAACGAAUCAGUCGAGUUUGUGAAAUCAGCCUGAAAGGAUCACCGAUUUCUUUUCCUGAUUUUUUUUUUUCUUGUUAAUUAAUUGUGGGUGGACUAAUUGGACUAAUAGUUCUCUGAAUCCUGAAGACCAUGGAGGACGUCGAGGCAGACAUGACCUUCGCCUUCUCGGAGAAGUCCAUUCGGAUGGGCUUCAUAAGGAAAGUGUACGCCAUCUUGUGCACGCAACUCCUGAUCACCUUUGGUCUGGUGGCCAUCUUCGUGUGGGUGCCCUCCGUCAGCGACUACGCCUUAAACAACAUGUGGAUGCUCUGGGUCGCCAUAAGCCUGACGUUCGUCAUGGUGAUCGCCCUCUCCUGCUGUGGCAACCUGAGGAGGAAGUCCCCGUACAACUACAUAGCGCUUUUCGUGUUCACCCUCUGCGAGGGGUACUUGCUCGGGGUCGUGAGCGCGUCUUACGAGGGGAAAGAGGUCGCCAUCGCUAUUGUCUCCACGGCGGUGGUGACGCUGGUGCUCACGCUGUUCGCUUUCCAGACCAAAUAUGACUUCACAAUGAUGGGCGGCUUCGUCCUCGUCAGCCUGACCGUCCUCCUGAUAUUCGGGAUCUUAGCAGCCAUUUGGUCCAACAAUAUCGUCAACAUGGUGUACGCCUGCCUCGGGGUGCUCCUCUUCAGCUUCUACCUGGUGUUCGAUACCCAGCUCAUCAUCGGAGGGAACCACAAAUUCGCCUAUUCGCCGGAGGAGUACGUGUUCGCGGCCCUCAACUUGUACCUCGAUAUCAUCAACCUCUUCAUGUACAUUCUCGCGAUCAUUGGAGGAUCAAAGAAUUAAGGCUGUGAAGAAGGAAGAUAGAUAAAAGGAAGGGAAAAGGGAGGGAGAGAAUGAGCAAGGGCUGGUCUAUGCGUUUUGGUUAGUAACUCUCUACCAAGGGUUGGAUUGGAUCAUGAUCGGAGGGUACAUUUAUUAACAUGAAUUGCAAUGCGUUAUUUUGUUUAACGGAAGUUAUUUAUAAGGGAUAUGCUUUGAAAAAUAGCCUGAAGAAGGGAUAAUAGGCUAAGGUAGAAGUCAGCCAAUAAAUUUAUCUUGAGAGAGAGAGUUUAUGGAAAAGGAGUCAGCCAUUUAAUUCAUUUUGAUUGAACAUUAACGGGAAGGGAGUGGCAAAGAUUUUGGAUUUUAUCUCUUGAAAUGAUUUUUCAUGAGAUACAAUCCAAGUUUAUGUAAGAGAUGAAUGCAUGUAUGAUUAUCUGUUUGACUAUAUAUUUAUGUAUGUACACAUGCACAUUAUUAUCCGUUAUUUUGCCUGUAUGUCUGCGCUUUACUCUUCGGGUAGCAUAAGUGUGUGAUGUGCUCGCCAAUAAAAACCACAAAGAAAU